CUUUUUUUCCCUCUACCCCAGGAGAAGAACGGCAGCCAACUCCGUCCAGUCGUCUCGUACGGGUACACUAAAAUGGCGUCAGCUCCCGAUUACAGCUCCUACAAUCAAGCCAGUGCUCAGCAGGGGUACGCUUCAUAUGCUGCCCAGCCAUCACAAAGUUAUGGACAGUCUGCACAGCAAACCUAUGGCCAGCAGAAUUAUGGCUCUUAUGCUCAACCUGCUGCCGCUGCUGCUGACAGCAGUUACACGCAGACAACACCUGCAGCUGGAGGUUACCCUCAGCAGCAACAACAGUAUGGAUCUUCAUAUGGCCAGCAAGCAUCAGCUGGGUAUCCUGCCCAGUCUACUACUGCCCAUGGCUACUCUCAGUCAGCCCAGGGUUAUGGAGCCAGUGGUUAUGACAGCACUCCUGCUGCUGCUGCUGCUGCUCCAGCUGCGUCCCAGUCUUAUGGCUCUCAGCCAGGGUAUACUGCCCAGUCUGCCUAUCCCGGAUAUGGUCAACAGGCUGCCCCUGCGGCACCUCAGAGUUACAAUGCAAACAGCCAGCCAGCUAGUUACAACCAAAGUAGCUACUCCCAGCCUGCAUCAUAUGGACAGCAACAGCCUGGUUACCAGAGUCAGCAGGCAGGCUACAACCAGCAGCAGGGCUACCAACAGCAGACACCACAGCAGCAACAAGCUCCUCCUGCAUACCCUCCUCAAGCUGCUGGUUCCUAUGGACAGCCUCCAGCAAGUCAGUACAGUCAGCAAGGUGGACCGCCCAGUUACAGCCAAUCCAGCCAUUACAGUAACUACAGACAGGAUGGCCAGGGUGGAGGUUCUGGUUACCCUGGCUCUGAGCCUGGGAGGUACCAGGGGGGAGGAGAAGGCAGAGGCCCUGGAAGGGAUGGCUUUGACAGAGGUGGAAUGAUGCAUCGUGGUCGUGGAGGCAUGGGGCGUGGAAUGGGCAGCGCUGGAGACAGAGGUGGCUUCAGUAAGCCUGGUGGGCCUAUGAACAGCGAUGAACGUGAUAUGGGACGGCCAGAAGAGCAAGAUGACUCUGAGAACAGUACAAUUUACAUCACAGGGUUGACUGAAAAGGCUAACCUGGAGGAAAUGGCAGAGUUCUUUAAGCAUGUUGGCCCAAUAAGGCUGAAUCGCAGACUUGGCCAGCCUGCUAUAAACAUAUACACAGACAAAGACACCGGAAAGCCAAAAGGAGAUGCCACCCUGUCGUAUGAAGAGCCCAUCUGUGCCAAAGCGGCUGUGGAACAUUUUGAUGGGAAAGAAUUCCAAGGCCGAAGGAUAAAGGUGUCCAUGGCACGCAGGAAACCCAUGAUGGGUGGAAUGAGAGGUGGUAUGCCCAUGAGAGAUGGCAUGAUGGGCCGUGGAGGUAUGAUGGGCCGUGGAGGAGACCGUGGUGGGUUUGGUCCACGAGGUGGUCCACGUGGAAUGGGCAGAGGUGGACCUACAGGAGGCAAUAUGCAACAGAGGGCAGGGGACUGGGAGUGUCCAAAUCCGGGUUGUGGCAACCAGAACUUUGCCUGGAGGAUGGAAUGUAACCAGUGCAAAGCUCCCAAACCAGAAGGAUUGGGUGGUGGCCCCCCCUUUCCUCCAGGUGGUGACAGAGGCAGAGGUGGAAUGGGAAUGCGUGGAGGAAGAGGCAUGGACCGCGGUGGGCCAGCAGGAGUUGGUGGCCCUGGUGGACCAGGAGGCUUCCGUGGAGGCUGGGGAGGAGACCGCGGUGGCUUCAGGGGGCGUGGUGGAAUGGACAGAGGAGGAUUCCGUGGGGCCGGGCGUGGAGGACCACCUAUGGACCGAAUGGGUGGCAGAGGUGGAAGAGGAAUGGGACCACCAGGUGGAAAGAUGGAUAUGAGGGAUCAUCGCCUGGAGCGUAGAGACCGACCUUACUGAAGGACAACUUCCUGAACUUCAUGUGGAAUUUGAUUUUUAAUAGAACUUUUAAUUUAUGAUUCCAUAUUUUGAUUAUCAUAGAACUGCUUUCAUACAACUUGUGCAGUUGGUCAACUUGUGGUUCCAUUUUUGUUUUAGGUUAUCCAUGUUUAUGCAGCAUCUUGUACUGUUUUUUCUUUUUUGCCUUUUUUUUUAAUAUGCAGAUUAGCUUUGACAUUGUAUUGUAGAAUGCAAUAUUUUUCUUUAGUAAAUGUAACUGCCUCCCUUUUCCCAUUAUUUAGAACUGUAUGAUGUAAACUUGGGAAAUAAAAUUUUACUGAUUUGA